ACUCUUUCCUACGGGACCAUGUUUGAAUUCUACUAUUACAUUUCUCAGAUGCUCUUUUUGAAUAACGUGCAAAAGUCUUAAUUACAAAAUAUAAAAUACGAAAUAGCAUUAUAAAAAUUGAUGUAUCGUCAAACACUUUUUAGUUUGUAUUGAUGUUUUUAAUGUUUCAUUUUUAAUUUUUGUUUAAGGAAUAUUAUCCAAAAACAAAAUGAGGUGCUAGUAUUGCCGUAUAAAUGAACACUUGCACUUGAAUAAAACUAUCAUAAUAAUAAUAAUUCUUUCAAACUUAACUACAAUACAUUAAUUAGUGUGGAUCUAUUAAAAAAUUGAGAUUAUUGGAAAUGAGAUUUGGAGUAAUGAGACGCGUGGCCGGGAUCAAUAUCUCCCAUUCUCCGACGUCCUACGUCCCGACUAUUUGUUGAAAUCAAUAUGGCAAUAAUUCUUUCCAAUCGAUCCGCACGACGAAAGUAAGGAAUAAUAUUGUUGCAGACUCCAGUUCUUAAAUUAAGGAUGGCAAUUGCUAGAUUAAUCAUGAGGCAAAGUGACUGCAAAGGUGGUUCGGAGCGAGGAUCGAUAUCCUCGUGCGCGAUAUUCUCGUUGCGUCUAUUUUUUCUAGCCAAUAAGCAUUCGCGAUAAAAUCCAGUUAAUCAGACUAAUCAGUGACUAGAUCAAAAUAUUUCUUUGAUGAUUUCAACGAUAACCGAAAUGUCAAUCGCGUUAUAAGUUCAACUUAUUCUUCAGAGACUCUGAAAUAGGAUCAUAUGAUAUAAAAGGUUCUUUUCAUACUUCAAAUAUUUUUAAUAUAAAACUCUUUUAGGAAUUUUCGUUAGUAUCAAAAAUUUUACACCAGCUUCUUGAACAAUCUUGGUGCUUAGGAUUUUCGGAAUUGCAACGAAAGCAUGGAAUCGAACUGCGAGACAGUUCGCGAUCCUGAAACGCUGCGGUAUACAUUUUCCCGUCACACGUCUAUUUUUACUCGUCUCCGCUGAAACGCGACCGCAGUUCACCAUGGUAAAAUCUAAAAAUCGAAUGGAGUGUAGUGUGCUAGAGUCAAUAAUCGAUACAUCGCGGUGCGGCGCUCCGAAAAGCCGGUGACCGCGGCGCGUGGAUUGGAAAUUGCAGCGCGCGCGCGGUGCAGCCCGUACCCCUCGACCCCCGGCCCCACCGCGCUGCACCCUCGCACGCCGCUUGUGCCGGGGCGCACGUGACCCCAAUGGCGCCACAGGCGGGUGCGACGGCCCUGAGGCCGCUCGCCGCGUCGUCCGUGCAUUCGUCGCGGCUCGUCGGAGCGCGCCGAGGCCGGCCGACGGCGCACGAGGGCGUAGCGACGGCAACCACGUUUCUACCCUCGUUUCCAGUCCGUCGUGGUGUGUCUCGUCGGCCGCCGGCUCGUCCGACAACCACGCGCGCUGCUCUGUUUUCUCUCCCUCUCUCUCUCUCUCUCUCUGUCUCUUUUUCUCCGACCCGCCGUCCCAUCCCCGCCAUCCCCGCCCCGCCGUUUAACGUGCGUUUUUCAUUUUUUCCCUCCCCCGUCCCUCGUUGAUUUUUCCCCGCCUCCGCACCACCGGCUUUUGCGAACUACCGGCAUUCGCCGGGGUUGGCCGACCACGUCGCGCGCGCGACGUCCGUGUGCCGCGAUCGCGGAGGAGUGUCACCCCUUGCGCGGAGUUAUGUUACCGCGCGACGACGACUCGCCCCGCGUCCGAUGCGCGCCUUGAAUACGGGAUCGGGUUAACUACCAGGCAAAGGAGGGUCGCAUCGCAUCGCUACGGCGACGCCGGGGGCGGAAGGAAGGAAGGGCGGCGAUGCAACGCGGCGCGGGGACGUACGUGCUGGCUGCGUGCUGCCGUCGCCCCGGCGCGAGGGGAUGUUAAGGGGAUGGCAACGUAACGUAGCAUCAGACUACUAGCCGGCACGAGAUGAACACGAACGGCAACGCGGUCGGGCAGGAAAGUGGUGCCGGUACCGAUUAUGGAAGUAAUGAGGAGACGGCGGCUCUGCUGGGCAGGCCGCCGCCACCGCCGGUCGUGGUGGCCGCGGCGUCUCAGGGCAAGCCGGUGCUCACGCGACAGGAUCGGGCGACCUUCCUGGUCGCCUCACCGCAACUGUCCGUGUCCGGACUCGGCGGCUCCGAGGAGAGCGGCACCAAUGAGGACCCGGCUACCAGAUCGGUACCGGACAUCGAGCUUCACUGCCGGCUGGACGGCGAGCCGCAGCACUGCCGCAGCUUCAGCAGCAACAGCAGCAACAGCCGCAGCAGCAACAGCAGCCGCAGCCGCAGCCGCAGCUCCAGCAGCCGCAGGUGCAGCAGUCGCAGUUGCAGGCGCAGCCGACAUCCUACCGGUCGUCCAGGCAGUCGCAUCAAUACAGAUGCAGGUGCGACCGAAGGGAUUCCCUUGCGCCCACCUCGGCCCUUCACUUGGCCCGCAGCGUCUCCAGGUAAAUUUUUUGUGAGAAAAAGGGAAUAACAACGGUACAACUGUGUGUUUGUGUGUAUAUGAGAAACUCGGCGUGCGAUAGAGAAGGAGAAGAAUAUGAAAGUUCAAGAAAAGCGAGAUGGAACUGAAUGUUCGAGUCCUACGUUUCUUACUUUUUGAACGAAAAAUUGUAGUAUAGUAUUCCGCGCGUUUAGUUUUCCGUUACGCGAUACCACGAUGGCCUUCACUGCUAAAAAGAACAUUCGAUACGACCUCACUUUUUCUUACUUAAUAAUAACAGAUGAUAUAGAUACGCUGAAAUAGUCGUUUCAUGUGUCCGAUCAUCAAUAUGUUAGUGACAUUUAUUUUUCAUGAGCCGACCGCUGUACCAUACGGUUUCGUAAUACGCAUACGUGGAAAAAGUACAGCAAUUUAUUCAGCCAGAAAUGUGAAACGAACGCAAAAGAGCCGUUUCACAUAUCUGCGUGGUUAAUAUUAAAAAUAGGUAAAUGUCAGAUUAAUAGUAGAGAGUUUAUUGUUGCAAACAGUUACGUUUAUACUUUUCAAGGAACCGCUAAAUUUAGCGUUUAAACUUUAAACGACAAAACGAAACGCUGAGCAUGAAACACGCAAAUGAAAAACACCAUGAUCAAACAAUUAUUUUAAAUGAAUGACGAUAAUGGCUCGUUCGUAAGCGUAUCGCCGCGUAUGCUAAAAGUGGACUGUUUCAUUGCCCAGCGUUAUUUACAUUUGCAUUUGCAUGACAGGCUUUAAUCUAUGAGAAUUUAACGCGUGUCGAAAGAAGUGAACGACAGUCGUAUGCGGCUUUAAACACGCAUAGAAAGUUUCGACUCGUAUAAUUGGUAAAGUUUAACUACACCGCGAGCAUUAGUCCGCCGUGCCGACGUUGCAAACUUGAGUUUGUACGUAACAGAAUCGGGGGCAGAUAGUUCCAGACGGUGCCAGACGAUAGGAGAACGCGCACGAAACAAGAAUUCGUUUUCCACGUUUCCGAUAUUGCUUAUGAUUUCGUUAUGCCAUCUUCGUAUUAUUUAUUCAUCGGGCCACCGGCACGCUACUCCCGAUAUACCACUGGGACGAUGAUACCCCAGGUGUGUCACAUGCAUAGAAGAUUCCCGAUAUUCAUUGUACGUCCAAUCGUGAAUAUAUUCAAAUAAUGCAAUUCUAAAAUUGCAUGAAAAUCUCACCUUUCGCGUCAAGAAGAGACAAAGAGAGAGACUCCACGGAACGCGUGAUCUUGAUUCCCGAGUCAAAAUUUACUUUCGCCUUAAAUUACACUUUUUGCAUCCCACUUUGAUACUUUAAAUACUCAAAUAGAUCCCUUUUGAUGCUAUAUUUAAUCUGUUGAUUGUAAUAAAGCCUGUAGAGGGUUCUAAAAGGUUUUAUCAAAAACCUCUUUUUAAACUCAAAGUCGAAAAUUUCCGAUAACCAUUUUAUACCGCAAAAGUAGCAGUUCCAAAAGUCUAAAGUAAAAGUGGAAUUUUGCGCAACUCGGGUUCUUUCGUUAAUCCCUCUCUACUUUUGCGGGAGUUGUGCAGUUGGGGCGUAGCCUUUUCUCAAAUCAAUUUACACGGCACAAAAUAUUCCAGCAAUGUAGCAGCAAUAUUGCUGAAGUGUCAUGAAGCUGCAUGGGGAAAGAAACCUUGGAUUUAUAGGAGCGUGGAUUUUUAUCUAGGCCGCGAGAACUAGAGGAGGAUCUACGUAUUUGCGAAACGGAUGCGAAUCCGGCCACUUUUAUCCAAGUGCGCCCGGCAAUUCGCCGGGAAUCGUCGUCCUCUCCCAGGAAAUGCGUCGCUCUCGGAAAAAUGCAACGCCUUUGUUUCCUUGAACGAGGAUCGUCCAGGCAGAAGAGGCCUCUUCCUCCCUUCACCUGGUCCGGGGAAUUCCUGACGCUCGCCGCCGUCGCGAGUUUCUAGGACGGUCUCGUUCGCCGGGUCAAAAGUUGAGCCGCGGAAUUUUAUGUCACCCCGUAACCCCUUCGGAGACCAGGAAACGCACCACCGGGGAUUGCGCGGGCGGAGCGCCUAUAAAAAAAUGGCAUUGCCAGGGAGUCCCGACGUGAAAAUCGCCGUCGUUGACCUUUCUCGAAUCUUUUCAUUUUACGUUGACCUUUCCAGCACACCGCGCUCGUAGCUGUUAGCCGA